AUGGCCACCGCCGAACAAAUGGCCGCCUACACGGCGCACCUCCGCACGCACACAUCAGCCCAAAACAAGCCCGUUACAGAGCUCUGCAUCUUCAAACUCCGCGCCCCCUACACGCAAGACCACACCGCAGCGCUCUCCACCUUCGAGUCCCAAAUCGCGGCCAAUACCGCCCCAGGAAACGGUAAACCCAACGCGCCCGGCAUCCGCAGAAUCGCAUACGGCUUCUCGGUCGACGACCCCGGCACCUUUGUGUGGAUGCUCGACUGGGACAAGAUCCAGGACCACUGGGAAUUUUGGCAGACGGAGGCGUUUCCGCCUGUUAUUGGCGCUAUUACGGAGCUGUUUGUGGAGGGGAGGCCGCUUGUGAGGCAUUAUGAUUUUGGGGAGGAGGGAAUGCUUGAUGGGGUCUUUAAGAUUGCGAGGGUGGUUGUUUGGGAUGAUGGGGAGGGGAGGGCGAGGGAGUUGGGGAAUCGGGGUCUUGCUAGGGUGAGGCAGGUUAGGGAGGCGUAUGCUGUUGAUAUGGAUGAGAUGACUUGGUGGUGUUCGUUGCUUGGGUAUGAGAGUGAGGAGGAUUGUAGGGCGGAUGGUGGGGAUGUUAGGGCUGGGGAGGGGGCGGAGAAUCAUAUUGUGGGGUUGCAGUAUAGAUGA